GUAGCCGGAUUAUGAGCACCGUUCUCCGGUCAGCCUUCCAGCUGUGAUUCCCUCUUGAUCCUCUCGGCGUGUCUCGCAGCAGGGCCCUGUCUCCGCUAAUCAAAGAUGGAGCUCCGGACGAUCCUUCCCGCUCUCCUGCUCCUCUCUGCCGUCGUCCUGCAGUCGGUGUCCGGCGCGGUUUCACGGACAGGACCGAAAGUCACAGAGAAGGUGUUUUUUGACAUCACGGUGGGGGGUCACGAGGUGGGACGGAUUGUCAUUGGUCUGUUUGGAGAGGUCGUCCCUCUAACUGUGAAUAACUUUGUCGCACUGGCAGCUGGAGAGAAAGGUUAUGGGUACAAAGGGACGAAGUUUCACAGAGUCAUCAAGGAUUUCAUGAUCCAGGGAGGAGACUUCACAGUUGGAGAUGGGAGCGGAGGUCACAGCAUCUAUGGAACCACCUUUGCAGAUGAGAACUUCAAACUGAAGCACCUCGGAGCAGGCUGGGUGAGCAUGGCAAAUGCCGGUCCGGACACUAAUGGGUCCCAGUUCUUCAUCCUGGCUUCCAAAGCACCGUGGCUGGAUGGGAAACACGUGGUUUUUGGCAAAGUCCUGGAUGGGAUGUCUGUGGUUCACACCAUUGAGCUUCAGGACACCAACGACAGGAACCUGCCGUACACCGAGUGUGUGAUCAUCAACAGCGGCAGGAUCCCCGUUAAAGAGCCCUUCAUAGUGGAGGUGGAGGGCUGGUAAAGGCCAGUGGUGUGAGGCUGUACGAGAAAUACAGUAAAAAUUACUAUACACUAGUGAUUAAUCAUUAGUCCCACUGAAAGUGUGCCAAAUUUUUUCUUCAUUCCUUUAGUGUGUUAACAUGCUAAUGCUAGGGUGCUAGCAUGUUGGACUGAGUAUUUAUUGUAUUUUUUAGUGCACUUAUUGCUUAAGAAAUAUUAUAACUCAGCCAAGCAAGCCAAUAUGACACUAAUUGGGAACAUGGUAAUUCAUUAACAUACUCCACUGGCUAAUGCUAAAAAUUGAAAACUAGCAUGUUAGCCCCCAGCAUUUUUCAGCGUUCAUAUUAACAUGCCAGUUAUGGGCUUCCUAAAUGCUUCCAUGCUAGCAAACAGCAAUUGCCGGUUAACUAGCUAAAGCAAACUGACUUCUGAUUGAUUUCUACUGUAUGCAGAUGUAAUAUGUCAGAAAUUCUAUUAAGUUAUUAAUACAGUAGCUAACAGGUAUCAACUUUCUGAGCACAGAGGAAAACUGUUCAAAAGUGGGUGUUAAACCUGCAGUGCUGAUAUAGAGGUUCAUACACAUUUAGUUUGUCAUUCUUUGACCAUCAGAUGGAAACUUUACCUUUCCAGGAUGAUCCAGUUCAGAAUUGUGCAGGGAAACAGAAAAACAUAUCAAAACCUUAAAAUACAGUCUUUAACAGAGGAGUGGUGGCAAUGUGUGAGUCUGUGUGUUCAGUAUUUAUCAGGUUCACUGUGGUAUAUGCUAAUGGUAUUAUAAUACGUUAGUAUACUUUCAUACUUUUAGUGGGUGUGCCAGUUAGUAUCAUCCCCCAAACUUUUAUCAAAAUAAAUGGUGAACACACUGUAUGACCUGCAUUUCAGAAACACUUGUGUAGCUCUUGUUGCCAAAUAUUUAUUCUUUGCCAAAUUUCCUUGCAGUUCCUAUGCAUCUAUUUCAUAAAUAUCAGAAAUCUGUUAACAUGCAUAUGCAAAAACUCUGUAGCACAUGUCAAGUGCCAUUCUAACACUUUGAUGUUUAUGAUGAUUUUUAACACUGCAUCAGUGUAAACAAAGAGUUUGCAGUGUGCUUGGGAAUAUGUUAAUAUCAUGUUUGCAAAAACUACAGCACAAAUUACACAGGAUGAAACUGUUCAGAAAUUGUGGAAAUUAGUAAUGUACAGAUGCUUUUCAAUGAAGGUGAACUAUCACAGUUCUUUGUAAUGACGCCAAAACUGUCAUGGUACCAUACUGUAGAAGAUACUCCGUAUGCCACUGCAGCUAAUACAACAUUUAAAACCUCUUAAACAUAUCAGUUUAUUUUCUUUACUUUCAGCAACAAUAAAGGAAAGUGCCAAUGGGUGUGUUUUCUACA